GAGUCCUUGAAUCUGAUUGUUGACUGCUCUGGAAAUACCCGAUUUCGGGACCUCUGUGGCGACUUUAUCAUCACCGAUUUUCUGCAAACAGUAGCGUGGAGAUUCACGUUAAAAACUGACGACAUUCUUUCCGUGUUUUGGCUGUUGUUUCGGUCGAAUUCGACCAUGUCGGCGCCCGAAGGAGUGAAGGCCGGGUUUUACAAAGUUGAGCUGAACAAGACGGUUUGGGUUGUGCCCACAAAAUAUCAAGCUCUUAGCCCGGUGGGCUCUGGAGCUUAUGGGCAAGUUUGCUCAGCAUAUGACAAUAGUCUUAAGAUGAAAGUAGCAAUCAAGAAACUGGCUCGGCCAUUCCAGUCUAAAAUACAUGCAAAGAGAACAUAUAGAGAACUAAAACUACUCAAACAUAUGGAUCAUGAAAAUAUCAUUGGUUUGGUUGAUGUUUUUUCUCCAAGUUUGACAUUUAAUGAUUUUGACGAUGUGUACCUUGUAACACAUCUGAUGGGAGCUGAUCUUAAUAACAUUGUCAAAUGCCAGAGACUAACAGACGACCAUGUACAAUUUCUAGUCUACCAAAUACUAAGAGGUCUCAAGUAUGUGCAUUCAGCUAACAUUGUGCAUAGAGACCUUAAACCAAGCAACAUUGCUGUUAAUGAAGACUGUGAAUUAAAAAUCUUAGAUUUUGGUUUAGCCAGACAGACUGAUGAUGAGAUGACAGGCUAUGUGGCUACAAGAUGGUACAGGGCGCCAGAGAUUAUGUUAAACUGGAUGCAUUAUACACAGACAGUUGAUAUUUGGUCAGUUGGUUGUAUAAUGUCUGAACUAUUAACAGGACGUACACUGUUUCCAGGCACCGAUCACAUUGAUCAGCUGAUGAGGAUAAUGAAACUAGUUGGCACUCCUGAUGAUAGAUUGCUUGAGAAGAUUAAAUCACAAGAGGCUAAAACCUACAUCAAAUCACUGGCGAAAAUGGAGAAGCGAGAUUUCCGUGACUACUUUGUUGGUGCCAACCCAAUUGCCAUUGAUCUACUGUCUAAGAUGUUAGUGCUAGAUAUUGAUGAAAGAAUUACAGCGUCUGAAGCUUUAAAGCACCCAUAUGUUGCACAGUAUCAUGAUCCAGAUGAUGAACCUGAUUGUCAGCCUUAUGAUGAUAGCUUUGAAGGAUUGGAACUGGAUGUGUUAAAGUGGAAACGAUUAGUGCAUGAUGUAGUGCAUCUCUACCAGACAGAGCCUGAAGAAGUUGAAAUGGAAGAAGCAAUGUCACAGUAGAGCAUAUUGUCUUGGUUUUCGUCUCAUAUCACAGCAGUACAUUUGUAUAUACGUGUAAUAUAAUUUGAAUUGUAGAUUAAUUAAUCAUCUCAAAUCAAACUGAAGCAGCUUAAUCUGUUAUGCUUUGGUUUACAUUAUUUGUCCUGAUUCUUUUCCCUUGUCUUCUUGAGACAUUUUUUUGUUUAUUUUAUAUGAGAAUCUCUUCGCAAUAAGCCGAAGGAACACGUACGUAUCACCUUUACAAAUAAAAUCUUUAAUACUUGACUGAAGAAUGCAAUUACAUAAUGUUAAACGACUUAAACAAUUUCAUAAUGCUACAUAUACUUCCACUAGUUUUAAUAUUCAAUUUUACAGCUAUAUUAUUAUUUUUAUUACAGAGUUCCAAAUUUGUAAAAAAACAAAACAAACCAUUAUAUUUUAGUUAAUGGAAUUCUGGAUCAGUGGAACUGAAAUAUACAUGUUCUUUGCUUAGCUUCGUCUCCUGAAACAAUCAUUGAUAGAAAUUGGCCAUAUGCUGCAACACUAAUUUCCCAGAUUUAAAAAAAAAAAUCAUCAGAAAAGCAAUAUGGUAGCUCACUGUUUUGCAAAAAAAAAAAAAAAAUAGCAAAAUUGAUAGUUGAAUGAUAGUUGUAAUGGUAAAUUGAUAUCAAUAUUGCCAUUUGUUAUCAAAAAUAAACUACCUUGGUAGAUUGCCAUACUGCUGGUUUUGUUUCCUGUGACAGAUAAGAUCAGAUGCAAGCAUGCUCUUAAUGUAACAGAACAUUUUGCAAAUAUCUAGUCUAACCGUUACCCGUUUACAAAACUCUAGUCUUUCUAAGUGACCAGUUUUAUGUUAUUUAUCUCAUCUAUUUAAACCUUGUUAUUAAUGACUAGUAUUUUGCAAGUUCCAAAUUAGCAGAUAGUUGUACUAAGAUUAUUGUGCACCAAUCUCAGCAGAUAAUUGUAUGGGUUUAUUGUCAAAUGCUAUGAGUAUUUGUGAACAUAAGUACUUCGGAUAUUAAAUGUACUUUAUGAAAAAAUCUGGAUUAUUUAUCAUUGUCUGUGUACAGCACAGUGUUUCUAUGCAUGCAUGCAUGCAUGCAGCAACAUCACAGUCGACUAGUAUUAAAGCAUUUUCGUAUGUCAGGAAUUUUAUCACCUUGCGAGUGACUUUGACUGUAUCAAAUGACCAAAUUUUACUGAAGCCAAAUAUAUACAAACAAGACUCUUAUGUUGGUCUUCUGUAUUGUGGCGCUAGCCUUUUUUGUGAAUUUACAUAUAAAUUCUAGCAGUUUGGUCUUACAGCAUUUCUGCAAUGUAUCCAAUCUUUUCACACAUUGCAGUGUACAUUUCUAAAUGUUGUGUGAGAAGGCAGUUUAUUAUUAACAUUUCUAUGCACUAAUUUUGAAUAUAAUUUUCUUUGUACUUGUUAAAAAAAAAGCUGUAAGAAUUCUAUAAAUAAUGCAUGUUAGUGGAAAUCAUGUCUACAUUUACAAUGUAAUGUUAGAUUUACAAUUGCAAUGUUUUGAUAAAGUAUUGUCAGAGGUGAACAGUAGCAUCAGUGCUUCAAUCACUUGUUUUUUUUUUAAAAAAAAGGUUCCUUUGCCUUUUUAGCUCGUGGGAGUUGGGCAUGGCUUUCGAUCUGCAGUCAUAAGAGAAAAAAAAGGGGUGCAAAGGAACUAGAGUGCAAUUUUCUUUGAAUUCAGUAAUUGGUAUGAAACAUGUUUUGUUCAAUAGUUUUAACCCAGCUUUUGGGGUGCAAUUUAACGAUACUGGUCAUGCAUUCAGGACUUGGUGUCAUUAAUCUCAGACACCAAACUAUAGUAGCACUUUACUCAUAUGAAUAAACUAUCAUUUUCAGGUACAUGUAUGUAAUAGAUUCAAAUACAAAAUAUUUUGAUUUUUCUGUGAAUGUAUUUCCAUUCUGAAUAGACUAAAUAAAGAAAAUUGAGUUUGCCAUUUGAAA